AUGUCUCUAACAAUCGAUAAAAAUACGAUAGAUUAUAGUCUUUAUUUAGUGACCAACAGUGAAAUCGUUCCUGAAAGUUUAGACUUUUAUGAUCAAGUAGAAAAGGCUUUACAAAAUGGUGUGACUAUUGUCCAGUUAAGAGAAAAAAAUCUUGAUACCGAUCACUUUAUUGAUAGAGCCAGGAAGCUACAUCAAAUUACCAAAAAAUAUAAUGUUCCUUUGCUUAUAAAUGAUAGAAUCGAUGUUGCUCUAGCCAUCGAUGCUGAAGGUGUUCAUGUUGGCCAAGAUGAUAUGGCUGCGGAGGAGGCUCGUGAGAAGAUUGGCCAGGAUAAAAUUCUUGGUGUCACGGUUAAUAACGAACGAGAUGCAAUGGCAGCAAUCAAAUCAACUGCGAGAAUUGAUUAUCUUGGUAUUGGAUCUGCUUAUUCAACAACCACAAAAGAAAUGACUAAACCAAUUUUGGGACCGGGAGGUAUUAAAAAGAUUUUGGAAGUUCUUCAUGAUGGUAAACCAGAAAUGAAAAGUGUCAUUAUUGGUGGCUUAAAUAAGUACAAUAUCACCAGGACUUUGAAUGAGUGUCGAUAUAAAGAUUUUUGUACAAAUGGUGCUGCUGUUGUUUCUUGUAUAAUGGCCAGUCAUGAUGCUUCUCUUGCUACCAAGGAAACCCUCAGAAGUAUUAACUUGGCUUACGAUAAUGAAGAAGCUCUUCAUCCUUACAAACACCCAAACAUUGUUCAAGAAAAGCCACUUACUCAUUUCAUCACGAACGCUGUAGCUAAAUACUUUUCGGCAAAUGUAUGUAUUGCGAUUGGAGGCUCACCUAUAAUGUCUGAACUUUCAGAAGAAUUUAGCUUCUUUGCCAAAAUUUCAAAAGGAAGCCUUUGUAUGAAUACAGGGACAAUGUCCAAUGCAUCAAUUCAUAUGUAUAAGAAGGCAAUCAGCGAGUACAAUGCACAUAUGGUUCCAAUUAUUUAUGAUCCUGUUGCUUGUGGAGCUACACAACCAAGACGUGAAAUAGCUAAAAUGAUGAUAGAACAUGGUCGCUAUAGUGUUAUAAAGGGUAACAUGGCAGAAAUUUGUUCCCUUGCCGGAGCAAAUGGUGUUACCAUGAGAGGAGUCGAUUCUGAUUUGAACUUAAAUGACUUAGAAAUUGUUGAUAUUCUAUCCAAACUUGCUGUGAAGACGCAAGCCGUUAUUGUAAUGACAGGAAAAAAAGAUAUUAUUGUUGAUGGUAUCAUUCCAACAAAAAAACCUAGAGUUUGUUUUAUUUCAGGUGGUCAUGAAUUAAUGGGUAAGAUCACUGCAUCAGGUUGUGCAUUGGGUGGUGUUAUUGCAUCAUAUUUGGCUGUUUGUUCAUACUUUCAUACAUUUGAAGCUGCAAUAGAUGCUGUUGCCCUAUAUAAGGAAGCCGGUUAUCUUGCUGGUCAACAAAGCAAGGGUCCAGGAACAUUUUUAGCAAACUUCACCGAUGAGCUUUAUGAACUUUCCAGAAAACCCUACAGGCUAUUGAGUACUAAUAUUAUUAGGGAGUAA